CCGACUUUUCCUUAAUGACAAACAAUAUAAUCGAUUGAUUCGAGAUUAUUACUAACUUUCAAAUACUUUACAUAUUUAAUUUGUUAAACACUGACCCCUGUGGGGAAUUAAUCAAGAGAAUUGUCACCGGUGAGAUUCGUUCUUAGAACAGGAAACCACUGGGGUUGUCUCAUUGCUUUCGCCGCCGCCGCCGCCGCAAAAUAUUGUGUUUUCUGUAUUAAAUCGACGAUUGUCUCAUGAUCCCAACAGACAAAAUGGAAAAGGCUUUUCCCCAGAGGAUGGUAAUGAAGAUGUACUUCACAGGCCACUUUGACUCACUGGGCUUGCGCUUGUUGACCCACUGGGCUUGCGCUUGUUGACAACCAUCUCCACCACAAUAGCAGUGAGCAAGGAUAUGGUCCAGGGGCUGAGCACAGUGGAGGUUUCCACUAAAAGUCUCAAGAUGACUGAAGCUGGUGCCAGUGGUGGAAAAUCACCUGAUAAGCGUGAUAAAUAUUUAAUGGACCUUAUGUCAAAGCAGGAAUCCAUGUUCUGUGUUCAACCUUUAACUUGGUGCCCACAUCUUGAAAAAGUAACCAGUGUUCCUCCACAAGGUCUUGAUACAUCGUCCCCAUGUGAAACAUGCGGGGAUACAAAUGAAAAUUGGGUUUGUCUUACUUGCUAUAAGGUUUUCUGUAGUCGAUAUGUACAAGAACAUAUGGUAAAGCAUCAUGAAAUAGAACCUGACCAUUAUAUAGUGUUAAGCUAUGCAGAUCUUUCUGUGUGGUGCUAUGGAUGUAACAGUUAUGUUGAACAUGAGCUAAUCCAAAAUGCCAAGAAAACAGCAUGUAAACAUAAAUUUGGAGAAUAACCAUCCUUUAGGAGACUAUUGGCAAAGAGAAAACACCAUAGCAGUAUCAUCAUUAUCUAACUGAAAUAACCAGUGGUUGAUACCUUUCAAUGAUUGACUUAAAUGUUCCUGUUUCAUAUUGCAAUUGUACCAUCUUAUUGAUGUUCAUUUAUAAUAAAAAUCACUAAAACUCCUUGUUAAUAAAUCCAUAA